AUGCCAUCAGAUGAGAAAAUUCGGCAAGUUUCCGUGGCCCUGCGACUCCGCGGCGACUCCCGCGGAGAGGUUUUCUCUGCCGAGGCCACGAUGCCCCGGCUGAACGAUUUGCGGGCCGGCGACGCCUGGUACUUUGAUCACGUGUAUCAGCCUUGCAGCACAAACAGCGAGAUCUUCGAGACCUCGGUGCAGCCCUCCGUGGCGAGCGUCUGCCGCGGUGCUGGUGGCAUCAUCCUAGCCGGAGGGGUUGCAGAAACUGGUCGGAUGCUGACGAGUCAGGGGGAUGAUGACAGCCUCCUGGGCCGGGCAGUGCAGCAGAUCUUCGCGGAAAUCUGCACCCAGCGCUCCCGCAGGUACUGGCUGCAUGUCUCCUACGUGGAGGUGACCGCGACCCGCAUGUGGGACCUGCUCGCCAGCGGCCGGGAGGUGAAGCUCGACGAGCGGCACCGUGCGAAGGAGAUCUCUCGACGGGCUGUCCGGCACGGACCGGAGGACAUCGGCGAAUGCCUCAACGAAGGAAACCAGUGUCGCAGCCGGUCGAACCUUCAAAGAGAGCUGAAAGCAGGGUCGCAUAGCGUCUUCAUGCUUGACAUGGACAUGGAAUUCAGGUCUGCAGGCGAGACAAAGAUGCAGAAGUCAACUUUGACUCUGGUGGACCUGCACGGUUUGGACAGCGCUUCGAUGUCCGAGGCAAUUGGACGAGAAGCCUCCAGAAAAGAUAUCGAUCUCCUCGGCCGUGCUCUCCGCCGUCUCUCCGGACCCCUUUGGGCUCUCUUGAGGCGUCCCCUGGAGUCAACAACGGAACUGGCCGUGAUCUGCAGCAUUUCCACGAACCGCAAGUCCUACGCACAGAGCCGCCGCGUCGUGGAUGCGGCUGCACUCUUGGCUACACAGGAAGAGGAGGAGAUGUCAGCGGAACAGUUGACGAUCCGGGAGCUGCAGGGGCGGAUCGAGGCAUUGCAAGGAAAGCUCCAGGCCUCGGCUUCGCGCGAGGAGGUGACGUCUCUGAAGGCAGAGGUUCGAAGACUUGAGAAGCAGCACGAAGAACUGAGGAGUGCUUACGCCGAAGCGAUGCAGCGUGCAGAGGACGCUGAGCGGCGUCUGGAGGAUGCGACGAGAAAGUUGGAGGAGUUCCGACGCGUGGAGUCUGAGAAAGUUCCCGCUGCACCGGCGCCUGCCGUGACACCGGUGAAGGAGCCUCGUCCACGUCGCUCGCGCGUGGCUGCCAAAUCCCAGCCCGCUUGGCAGGACCUCAUUGGCCUCAACCAGCCAGCAAAGCGCCGACGCCGCGAGGAGGAAGCGAAGCCGGACCGGCUCGCGUGCAACGGCACCGGUGGAGCUCCUCCGGCUGCCGGAAGUUGCGAGGGGCCCGGACCCGACGCUGUGCGGCAGCCUGCGCGAGGUUGGAAAGGAGCUGCUGAUCCAGUUGAGGCGCCGGCCUUUUCCCGGCCUUCUGCGGAGGAGAGGAUGGAAGCCCUUCUUGCCGAACGUGCGCGAGGAGUCGCCACGGCGACGGCAGCGCCGCAGCCCACAACCUUAAAGCAGGAGGAGCAGCCUCGGAGCCUUCCUCUUCUGGCUUUGCCUCCGCCGCCGGGCUUGCCAUCAGGCCGCUCAGGGGUCUCGCCAACUCCUCCGGAUCCCUCGCCGCCACGAAGGAGGCGCCGGCGUGCCUCAGCCGACCUGUCGGAAGAGGCCACGAAAGCCGCGCUUGCCGAGGCCGAAGCUCAUCAGGUGAAGAUUCAGAAGCUGAAGCAGGACCUGGAAAAGAAGCGGCAGGGCUUGCAGACGAAGCGCACUACACUCGCAAGCUCCCACGAGGGCCUCAUCAAGGAGUCGCCGACGCCGGCACCCGCCAAGCGUCCGUACCAGGCCCCGAUGCCGAAGGUGCUCCCGAAGCCUGUUGCCAAGCAGGCAGCGAAAGGUCCGGCUACCUCAGUGGACGCUCCUUCCGAGAGUGAGGUGGCUCUGUCCGAGCUUCGUGAGCGACUGCUCAAGCAGCGUGGGGAGGCUGCCGCAGCGUCGAAGAAGCAAUCCCAGGCCGCGGCCGUCGGCGAGGCGCCGGCUGCUGCACCCGCCGAGGGCGAGGAAGCUCCGACGCCGCCGCGCGUCGCGCGCCGGGAUGGCCGUGAAAGCCGCGAGCCGUGGAAGGGCCAGGAGGAAGCGGCGCCCGUCACACCCCCGCCAAAGAGAGCUGCCUUGAAGGCCCAAUACUGGUCUCCACGCGACGGCACGCCAGCAGCAAGCGCGGAUCGUGAAGGCGAUUCCUCGCAGUCCCCUCUGGCAUCCCUCAGGCCCUCGGAGGAAGCAGUGGAACGGCCGUCGUCGGAUCUUCAAGCCGAGGAGGCUGAUCGAAGCGAGGGGCGCCGCGAGUCCGAUGAUGAAGCUGAGUUUGAG